CAAAGGGCCUGGGCAAACUCGCCGCCCGGCCUCCCUGCGCUCCGGGAGGCGGCGGCGGCGGCGGCGGAGGCGCAGGCGGCGGAUCGCGCAAAAGGAGGCGCGCGCGCGGCCGGGAGCGCGGUCUGGGGAAGAGCCGCGAGAUGCGCCUGACUCACAUCUGCUGCUGCUGCCUCCUCUACCAGCUGGGGGUCCUGUCGAAUGGGGUCGUUGCAGGGCUGCAGUUCGCCCCCGACCGCGAGGAGUGGGAAGUCGUGUUUCCUGCACUCUGGCGCCGGGAGCCGGUGGACUCGGCCGGCGGCAGCGGGGGCAGCGCGGACCCAGGCUGGGCACGCGGAGCCCCGGGCGGCGGAGGCGUCCGGGCGCCGGCAGCCAGCAGCUCCCGCGAGGUGCGCUCCGUGGCCCCGGCGCCGCCUCAGGAGCCCGUGGAAGGCGGAUCUGAGCCGCGGCCCCGACCCCCGCCGCCCGGGGGCGAAGAGGAUGAGGAGCUCGAGUCUCACGAGCUGCCGCGGGGAUCCAGCGGGGCUGCCGCCCUGUCCCCGGGCGCCCCGGCCUCGUGGCAGCCGCCGCCCCCGUCUCCGCCCCCAACCCAGCCAGCCGAGCCGGACGGCGACGAGGUUCUGCUGCGGAUCCCGGCCUUCUCCCGGGAUCUCUACCUGCUGCUCCGGAGAGACGGCCGCUUCCUGGCGCCGCGCUUCGCUGUGGAACAGAGGCCGAGUCCGGGCCCGGGCCCCACGCGGGCGGCAGCCGUCCCGCGCCCUCCCGCGCCGCCUGACGCCGCCUGCUUCUACACCGGGGCUGUGCUGCGGCACCCCGGCUCGCUGGCCUCUUUCAGCACCUGCGGGGGUGGCCUGAUGGGAUUUAUACAGCUCAAUGAGGACUUCAUAUUUAUUGAACCACUCAAUGAUACAGUGGCCAUAACGGGUCAUCCACAUCGUGUAUAUAGGCGGAAAAGGUCCAUGGAGGAAAAAGUCACAGAGAAGUCCGUUCCUCACAGUCAUUACUGUGGUGUUAUUUCAGAUAAAGGAAGACCUAGUUCUAAAAAAAUAACAGAAAGUGGAAGAGGGAAACGAUAUUCAUACAAAUUACCUCAAGAAUACAACAUAGAGACUGUAGUGGUUGCAGACCCAGCAAUGGUUUCCUAUCAUGGAGCAGAUGCAGCCAGGAGAUUCAUUCUAACCAUCUUAAAUAUGGUUUUUAACCUUUUCCAACACAAGAGUCUUGGUGUGCAGGUCAAUCUUCGUGUGAUAAAGCUUAUUCUGCUCCAUGAAACUCCAGCAGAUCUGUAUAUUGGGCAUCAUGGAGAGAAAAUGCUGGAGAGUUUUUGUAAGUGGCAGCAUGAAGAAUUUGGCAAAAAGAAUGAUAUACAUGUAGAGAUGUCAACAAGCUGGGGAGAGGACAUGACCUCAGUGGAUGCAGCUAUACUUAUAACAAGGAAAGAUUUCUGUGUACACAAAGAUGAGCCAUGUGAUACUGUUGGUAUAGCUUACUUGAGUGGAAUGUGUAGUGAAAAGAGAAAAUGUAUUAUUGCUGAAGACAAUGGCUUAAACCUUGCAUUUACAAUUGCUCAUGAAAUGGGCCACAACAUGGGGAUUAAUCAUGACAAUGACCACCCAUCAUGUGCUGAUGGUCUUCAUAUCAUGUCUGGUGAAUGGAUUAAAGGACAAAAUCUUGGUGAUGUCUCAUGGUCCCGAUGUAGCAAGGAAGAUUUGGAAAGAUUUCUAAGGUCAAAGGCCAGUAACUGCUUGCUGCAGACAAAUCCCCACAGUGUCAAUUCUGUGAUGGUUCCUUCCAAGUUGCCAGAGAUGACAUACACUGCUGAUGAGCAAUGUCAGAUUCUCUUUGGGCCACUGGCUUCCUUUUGUCAAGAGAUGCAGCAUGUUAUUUGCACAGGGUUGUGGUGCAAGGUGGAAGGGGAGAAAGAAUGCAAAACCAAACUAGAUCCACCAAUGGAUGGAACCGAUUGUGACAUUGGUAAGUGGUGUAAGGCUGGAGAGUGUGCCAGCAGGACCGCAGCACCCGGACUUGCGGCUGGAGAGUGGAGCAUGUGGAGUCCCUGCAGCCGAACCUGCAGUUCUGGGAUCAGCAGUCGAGAGCGCAAGUGUCCUGGGCUAGGUUCUGAAGCAAGGGAUUGUAAUGGUCCCAGAAAACAAUACAGAAUAUGUGAGAAUCCACCUUGUCCUGCAGGUUUGCCUGGAUUCAGAGACUGGCAAUGUCAGGCCUAUAGUGUUAGAACUUCGUACCCAAAGCAUGUACUUCAGUGGCACGCUGUCAUGGAUGAAGAAAAGCCAUGUGCCUUGUUUUGUUCUCCUAUUGGAAAAGAACAGCCUAUUCUUCUAUCAGAAAAAGUGUUGGAUGGAACUUCUUGUGGAUAUCAGGGAUUAGAUGUCUGUGCAAAUGGCAGGUGUCAGAAAGUUGGCUGUGAUGGUUUAUUAGGGUCUCUUGCAAGGGAAGAUCAUUGUGGUGUGUGCAAUGGCAAUGGAAAAUCAUGCAAAAUCAUUAAAGGAGAUUUUAAUCACACCAGAGGAGCAGGUUAUGUAGAAGUGCUGGUGAUACCUGCUGGAGCAAGAAGAAUCAAAGUUGUGGAAGAAAAGCCAGCACACAGCUAUUUAGCUCUCCGAGACACUGGAAAACAGUCUAUUAACAGUGACUGGAAGAUUGAACACUCUGGAGCAUUCAACAUAGCAGGAACUACUGUCCAUUAUGUAAGACGAGGCCUCUGGGAGAAGAUCUCCGCCAAAGGUCCCACUACAACACCUCUACACCUCCUGGUGCUGCUGUUUCAAGACCAGAAUUAUGGUCUUCACUAUGAAUACACCAUCCCAUCAGACCCUCCUCCAGAGAAUCAGAGCUCCAAAGCACCUGAACCCCUUUUUAUGUGGACACACACAGGCUGGGAAGAUUGCGAUGCCACAUGUGGAGGAGGAGAAAGGAAAACAACAGUGUCUUGCACAAAAAUCAUGAACAAAAAUAUCAGCAUUGUGGAUAACAAGAAAUGCAAGUACUUAACAAAGCCAGAGCCACAGAUUCGCAAGUGCAAUGAACAGCCAUGCCAAACAAGAUGGAUGAUGACAGAAUGGACCCCCUGUUCACGAACUUGUGGAAAAGGGAUGCAGAGCAGGCAAGUAGCCUGUACCCAACAGCUGAGCAAUGGAACCUUGACCAGAGCCCGGGAGAGGGACUGCGCGGGGCCGAAGCCGGCCUCCGCCCAGCGCUGCGAGGGCCAGGACUGCAUGACCGUGUGGGAGGCAGGCGUGUGGUCCGAGUGUUCGGUCAAGUGUGGCAAAGGUGUCCGUCACCGGACUGUGAGGUGUACUAACCCUAGAAAGAAGUGUGUCCUCUCCACCCGACCCAGGGAGGCCGAAGACUGUGAGGACUACUCCAAAUGCUACGUGUGGCGGAUGGGUGACUGGUCUAAG